UACUCCUCAGCCAGAGCCGACUCACAGAGUUAAGCUCGGCUCAAGACACGAAUAAUGUUUGGUAAAUAGAGUGAUAUUAGAGUAUGUGCCUACAGACUAGAAUUAAUCAGAUCUAUUAUUAUCAAUUAGCACACGUUAUUAACUACACUCUUGUCGAAACUGAGCUUAUAAGAUUAGCUUUGGUUUCGCAAUGAUUAGUUAAAGUAUAAUGACGGCUUUAAAGUGAUUUGAGUCAUAUCACGUGGUGGUUUUGAAACAACGGUCGUAUCUUUCUGCGUCGCCAUUUUGACACGGUCCUUUGAGAAACAGUUCCUUGUUUGGGAUAGUACACAUACAUGUACGUCAAACAUCACCUCUCUGGUCAAACCAUUAACUUCAUUCUCUAUGUGGUGAACAGCUGACAAUACGAAGUUCCAUAUAGAUAUAGGAAUGUAUAGAAUAAUGGUGCUCUGCUUACUUUCAAGAACGAUGGUUUUUAGUAGUGAUAAUAACACUACCGUAACGGAUUUUCAACCUUCCAACGACGUACCAGAGAGACGUGCAAGAGAUGGUGAUUACAUCGGUUGCUAUCCUCGAGGUUGCUUGGGAUUCGACUACCAUGCAGACCUCACAAACACAACGACACCAGACACUUGCACAGCAGCAUGUAAAGAAAAUGGAUUCCAUAUUGCAGCAUUGUACAACAUAACAGAGUGUGCUUGCUCCUGUAAGCAGACAUGUCUUGCCAAGCAGAUGGCUGACAAGAACUGUGGCUUACCAUGCAAACCUGAUUUGGAAAGAUUAUGCGGUGGUUUUACUGUUGCGUCUCAUUACGUUGUUAAACCGGUUAAGGCAUUGAACAACGAUUGCAUUAAACAUGGAAUUGGUGAAAUUAAUGGAUCGUCAGGAACAAAGAAACCACCUGUCAGUGAUUUUACCCCAAUCUAUAUUACUGCCGGGAUAGGUUCGGCCGUCACCACGUUCCUAAUCGUCCGCUUUGCUUGUUUAAGAAAGAGUGAUCGUCGGGUGAUUUACACACCUCGCAAUCAUUCCCGUAGGUGGCAUGCCCAUGCUUCAUCUCACGAAAACAAAGAGCGGCCUCCCAAUGACCCACAGACAAUGAGAAAUCAGCUUCGGCUACCUCCAUGCCAUCUUAGCGGUACACACCAGUCAUCUGGCAUCGAGUCAACAUCACACACACACAUUCGAAGAGACGUAGAACCAACCAUGGGUAACAUGCCGGUGGUGGAAUCUUCUUUCUACCAUGUUCUGACCGAGGAGGAUGGCGAGGAGACGCGUAGUCAAUGUCUCUCGUUGGCCACUGAGAAUGCUUAUGAGUACGUCGAAUGCCGGGCUUACAUUGAAACUUUACCUCGGUCGGCUGCUUUCAUACACAGACAUGGGGAUACACCUCGAUAUCCUGAGAAUAACGAAGAGGUUGAGCAUGAAAUGGUCAACAAUGAACUCUACGCAAUGCCGGAGAAAUAGUGUGCUUUGUAUUUGUCAACGUUGAUAAUAUCUUUCAAGGACAUUAACAUUAUUGUACAUACAACUUCGUGACUUAUAAAGGUACUGUUAAUUCUCGGAUUUUUAAAGACAAAUAGCCCUUAUAACGAAAAUUGAAUGUAAUAUCCACAUGACAAAUUUAAAGAAGUGACACGUUUAGACGUGCAUGCUUUAGGAGAUCUCAAUGUGUUAUAUAUAACUGGCCUCGUGUAUGCCUACCGCUAGUUGGUGCAAAUAGUAAAUUGGCUCCCUCGCUCGCCCGUUAUUGUGUGAUGGAACCAGCACCUCUAAAAGUGCUCAAGGAAACGUUUGCUGCAGAGCUAUCCAACAACCAAUCGACCAUUAUGCGCACUGCUACUUCUGUCAUGUCCAUUUAGACCUGAGUGUGAUUAUAGCAAAUAUGAUGAUCAUUGUGAACAAAAGUGACAGCGUUUUGGAACUUCACGGGAAGUGCACAUGAAUCAAAUAAGUUAUGGACCAGAUUUGAUUUGCCUUGUUAUUACCUUCACAGGCUAUUUCAAACUGUCUUGGUUGACCUGAGAUAGAUGGGGUUUAUUUCUUGUCUCAUCCAUAUUUCUUGUUUAGUCCCUUCAAAAAGAAUACAUGUAAAUAUUUGAAACGAAUUUGGUAUUUAUUGUUAUUUACACGUACUAUAUCCGUGCACAGGUAGAUAUUAUAGACCAUUUUCACGAGCUGUUAAUACUUAUGCUUGAACCAAUAUGUAAAUUAAAGACAUUAAUAUUUAAUGGUAAUGGAUUCAUAAAAUGCGAUUCAUUAAAAGAUUAAUAUGCGUGAACACAAAUAUAUAACAAAUGUAAAAUGUUUUGUGUUCUAUGCGUAUUUUAACUGUAAAAAUUAUUGUACCUUCACAGAUUUGUCUUUCGAUAAUGAAACGAUUCGUUGCCCUUCUAAUGUACAAAGCCAAUGGAAACAGACUUUCUAUGUAAAACCAUGGAUCAGUAAAGAUGAAAUGAAUGAAUAAAUCACUCAUUCACUUUGAACAACCGCGACUGUACGUCCAAUUUUGCAUCUGCUUGUGCAGCAGCGUAUCGCAGAUGAUGCGACAAAAGCAGGUAAGAGUAUCAUUAAAACGGUAUUGCUUUUAAAAAUGUGUUGGAUAGAAUUGUGUUGUAGGCUAUAAGCUACACCCUACAUUAUGUAAAAUAACCCUUUAAGGCUAUUUGGCCCCUCUUGAAUAAAAGUCAGAUUGCUAAUUUAAGCAACUUUGAUUAGGGGCAGAUAACUGUGAGAAUGUAACUGCUUCUCAGCCAGAGACCGACAAAGUUAUAUAUGCUAGACUCAAGAAAGUAAAAGAGUGAUAUUAGAGCAUGUGACUAUAUAUAUUAUACGUAUUCAGAGCUAUUAGGAUCAAUUAGCACACUUUAUUCACUAUACCCUUGACGAAAGUGAGCUGCUACGAAGAUCCAUUGUGGUUUUGCACAUUAUUAAAUAAAUUAUGGCAAAAUUAUAGAAAGGGCCGUCCAUCAA